AAAAAUAUUUGCAACACUGCAGGCAAAUCAUGAAAUAGGGUCUUAGCGAUGUCAACAUAAUUACAAUUUCACAAUAUUAACAAAUGCAAAUUUAAAAUUAUAACAACAGUCAUUGUUGGAUGUAUGCAAUAUAUAAAAGCGGUUUAAUUUUGUAAUCUGUGAAAUAAAUUAAAUUAAAUACAAUUUAUAAACUAUAACAACCAAUACCGGUUUUUAUAUCGAUAUAAAUUGCAAUCACAAGCUAUCGAUAUACAUUUACGGUUAUCGCGGCUCAUCAGGUAUUUGUUGACUGUUGGAGAUGUUUCUUAAACCAUAUAAAUUACGGAGUAAUGCUCCUUUAAAAGGCUCCGAAUCGAAACGUUUGCGACAACGUGUGGAGAAGGCGUUUCCCGAUGCAACGGCCGAGCAACUCAGUUUACUGAUACCACCAAAGAGUGCCGUAACGCAACUGAAAUUGACAACGCAUGGCGGCACGCAAACGAACGUUUUCUGCGUGGACAAGUUGCCCAUGUUCUUCGAACUUGAGUCAGGCGAUUUGGCACCGACCUUGUACGCUUUGUGGCUAGUGCCUUCCUUGCUGCCGUAUUUCACCACAUUCCGUGAAGUAUUGCCGAAACUUUCAAAUGGUGCCGAACUAAUGUUGCCUGGUGUUGUGCCCAAAGGCACCGGUAUGAAUAUGUAUGGACGUUAUCGGCAGGGACAAUUAAUGGCAGUCAAUUUGGUGUCCAAUCAGUCAGCUGUAGCAAUAGGUUACUUACCUAGAUCUUCAGAUGAUUUGUAUAUGUGCGGUCGUCAAGGUGUAGCCGUGAAGAUGUUACACAUAUUUGGUGAUAAAUUGUGGGGACAUGAACCGACAUUAAUACAACAAGUACCUUUAGUAAAGGCAGCGCCACUAACAAAAGACGAUUUUCCAGAACUGGGUGGUAAGCCGAAAAAAGAUGGAAAUGAUAAGUUAUCGUUGGCGGAUAUUGUAGCGGCCACGCAAAUGCCUGACACACCUAAGCAAGACGCAACACUUCCAGAAGUAGAAAAAUUAGAAAUUUCCAACAAUGAAAUAGACACGGAAACGGGCAAAAAUAUAACUACAGAGCAUGCUGAAAACGAGGGUGCUGAAGAAUCUGAAGAAGAUGCCGAAACACCGGAAAUGAUAUUGAAAAAUGCUUUCUUGGCUGCUCUGAAAAAUCAUGGCAAAACCCUACAAUUGCCGCUCUUGACCAGUAACUUCUACCGUUUAUAUGUUGUGCCGGAGGCACCUCAACCUAUUGACUUGAAGAAAACAAAAUACAAGAAACUAUCGAAUUUCCUUAACGAAAUGAUCGAUCAAGGUUUUAUUGUCGUGCGCGAAGAGUCGAAGGGUGUAGAUAAAAUUACAUCCAUAGAUCUUGAUCAUCCAGAAGUAGUUAAUUUUAUAACUGAUUUUAAACCUCCAAAACAAGCCGCGGAUGGUGAACAAGAUCAGCCACUAUUUCGUUCAGAGUUAACAGAAACCUAUGUUGUUACGGACGCGACUGCGCCUUUCUUUGCUAAAAUGAACAUCAAACGUGGAGAAGGUGUGCCAACCGCACAAAUCAAAAAGAUCAUACGAGAAUAUAUAAGCAAACAUAAUCUUCCCAAAGCUGAUCCCACAGGCGGUACUAUACAGCUGGAUGAAACGCUUGAAAAACUAUGCAACAUCAAGUCGGCAACCGUCAGUCAAAUUUGCAGUGCCAUCACCAACAAAAUGGAAUAUAGCUACCAAAUGUGUGAGCUUAAGAAUGUAGCGUCCAACAAACCCCUCAUACAAAUGUCACUAGCAACUCGUUCUGGCAACAAGAAGGUUACGCUGAUUAGCAACGUCGAGUGCUAUGGCAUUAUCGUGCCAGAGUUCAUAAAACUGUGUAAGCAAGGCGCUGCUGCCAGUACCACAGUCGUAAAAUUACCACACCAAAAGGCCGAACAACUGCAGAUUCAAGGCAAUCAGGUGCGCUUCGUUUACAACUUAUUGACCGAAACAUACAAAGUCCCACCAAAAUGUAUAUUAGGAUUAGAACUGGCCAAAGAUGGUAAGAAGCACAAGAAAAAAUAAGUCAACCGCACAAUACUGAUGAAAUGCUUAAUUAAUUUAUGAUUAAUAAUGUUGUUCAACAAAGUUGGAGAUUCGAACGAAAUAAAAAAAAAUAUGCAGACCGAUUUCAAUUUGUUUCAAUUUUAAUUGGAAAUGUGCAACGCUGCAUUUAUGAAACACAAUGACUAAUGUUUAACAAUAAUUUAUUAAUGUUUAAAUAUCAAUUAUCCACAACAACAAUAAUUUUUCAUUCUUACGGAAAUACUACUAUUUCUAAUAGCCGUUGUGUUGACUUGUGCUAUUAUGGAUGUCCGUAUUUUAUAUAAUCCCAACUGAUUAAUGUCUCAUGUAUGUUUAUAAUUAUGACUUUUAUGUGCUUUACUUGGCUUUGCCUUGGGCGGCAACAGCCUCAAUGGCUUUUCGUACAGUUUCUUCGUCACCAAGGAAUUUCAUGGAAACAACGGGUUUGAAGUUCUCAUCCAAU